GUUCACCACAUACCAAUGGCCUCAACCUUCUACUCCUCCUUUUUCUCGUCCGGCCUGCUCUCACAGCACUCGCCGCGCCCGCUCACGCCGCGCCCUUCAUCGCCCACCACUCCCCGGGCUGCACUCGCCUCUUUGGCCUCCGACGACACGACCCCGACCGCCCCAGCGGUUGCCCAAGACGUCUUCUCGACAAAUGAAUCCCAAGUCCUUCCUUCCAUUUCCGUUGCUUCCCCGGCCGCCGAGGGCGACUCGCGCCCACGCCUUCGCCGCCGCCGCUCGUCGCUUGCGGGUGCCGCUUCGCCGCUCGCUACCAUGAAAUCUUCUGCGCCUAUGCGCCAAGCGGCCGCCUCUGUGCAGCGCCAGAACCUGGUUCUUCGUGCCCGUGCCGGUAGCGACGCCAGUAUCCUCUCUACUGCCACCGCAAGCUCUGUGUCAAGUUUCUGCCCCAAUGGCCCUGACAAUGCGUUCACGGUCACUUCUCAGAGACCGACGGGUUUCAUGGGUAGGCUUCGCAGUGGCAGCCUCGGAACUGCUUUGCUCAGACCUCGUCGCGGACUACGCCGCGCAGCACCACCCAUGCCCGCGCCUCCUCCGAGCAUGCCGCUCCCCGCGGUUCCCCCCGUCCCUACAACUCCGUCUCGCCAGCUCCCCACUAUCAUCGCUAGCCCGACGCAGCCGACGACGCCCCCACGGCGACCCCUUGCCCGUCGCUCCCAAACAUGCGAUAACUACGACCUCACUGCGGCGCCGUUCAGCGUCGCGGGCGCGUCGCCCAUGUGCGUGACCGACGAGGAAGAUACGUUCUCCGCGGCAUGCGCCGGCGUGCCGUCGAGCCCGGGAUAUGCUCUCGGCCGGGAGAACGACAUGCAGCUCGACUACCCGAGCCCCAUCGACGGCGCCGCCUUCGACUGGGGACGCCGCAAUAACUGAAUGCCCGCCACGACUUCCGUAGGGCGCCCCGGGCGGGCCCCCAGGAAAUGACCAGCAACGUCCGACCACCAGACUUUGGACUCUUGCGCCUGCUCCCCAUCGUACGCUUUCGAGGUCCCCACGUUGCUUCCUUGCUCGCUCGGACUGACUGCUACUACGGACUGCCCGCACCCGCUCCUUCCCCGUCCGUCCACUACCCAAUGCUGUUGUUACUAUAAUCGUCGCUUUCCGCUUCGUGCCAGAUACCUUUUAUCCUAUUGUACGACAUGCCCUAUUUGCCCCCUCCCCCCGCGCCCCGUGGGCGCCCUAGAACUUGAAGAUGUAAAAUUUUGGCGUACAGUACAGCACUCGAAGCUUGUGGUCCGUGCUGGCCGCGGCUUUAGUUUUCGUACGCAUACAUACAGCGCUUGCUCCCAUGUCCUCC